GGGUUGAUGAGCCUAUAGCAUGUUGUGAUGAGCGUAUGUUAGAAUAACGUUCCCAGCGAAAGCGCGAAAUCAUGGGGCAGUGAUUCUUGCGAAAUGUGAUAUUUGCCUACCAGUCGUACGUUUACAGCAGCAACUUGUCUAAUUACCAGCGAAGGAACAUAUUGAGGCUAGAGCUGUCUCCUUUUUUAAUGACGUUUGUUAUGCGGAAGACCAAAAAUUAUUAGCCUUGCCUUGCUUCAUAGUGCCGCCGCAGAAGCCAACAACCGGCAGACGCAUCACAUCGAGCCAAAAGUUGAGAGGUUUCAUACCGUCCCGUAUUUUUAGAUUGAUUGUGCCACAGGAGUUAAUUCAUUCAAUACGGUAGCGAAUAAUUUAUGACGGUUGAAAAGGUGAAUCUAGUGUGUAAAUUAAAAUUUUCACCACAAAACGGUCGGCGUUAUUCGGGAGUGAGUGCAACCAUCAAAAUAAAACACUUUUGCGGUGCUUUGAUGUGUGUCGGCAUGAUGUAUGGAGACGCGUGGUGAUAUUGCGGGUUGUGAAACUUAAUAGCUAAGCAGAAUAGUGAUGGAUCGGACCUGUUACGGAAAGUGGGAUCCUGGAGCACGGCAGCCCUAUCGGUGUACUUUGCGAGAACGGGGAAUCGCACCUGGAUAUGCACUGUUGGCUGAUCUGCAAAAUACUGUGCCAGGGCACAAUCAACAUGUUGGUGGCGGAUCAUCAGUUCCUGGGUACGGCAGCUUGAAUGGAGUUAGGAACAAGCAGACUCCUAGUCCGCAAACGUACCAGAACACAACCAAAACAGUAACGGAAACACGCACUGCUGCUGCUAACGGGUAUAAUGGUUCCUUGCCACGGUCCACGACACCGCUUCAUAACAAUUCGCUGCCACGGUCAAGUACGCCACAAAAGCUACAAACUUCCAACUCGGGAAAUCUGUCGGAGUUGGACUCCUUACUGCAGGAUCUGAGCAGUGCUCGAUAUGGAAAUAUUGUGGAAAAACAUACCACCAACAAUGGAACAACUAGUCCUUCACCGUACGCCAUCAACGACACGAUCAAGCGACCCUCGGUGGACAGUCUGCUUGACGAGCUCAGCAAUGCUAAUGCCAAUCCGAUUUAUGCUGUACCGUAUGGCAAUCAAACGCCAAACCCUCAGCCACAUCCAGGCCGAGAGGUUACAAUCACAGUGCGGGAAACUACCACUGAAAAGCUAACCGGAACACCUAGUGCCAACUAUCAGGAACAGAUGUAUCAACAGCAGCUAGCACAAAAUGAACAGGCGAAUCAUACUUCUUCGGCCACCAAAGAGCUGGACGAUCUAAUGGCAUCACUUUCGGACUUUAAGAUCACUGCCGGAUCGCACCAGCACCAGGCGGUUACGGAUUACGCCAAACCCAAUCAGGGUACCGCGCAUUACCAGAGCACUUUGACAACGGUGACCACGACCGAACAGUUAGCUCCGGUGAACGAUCAACUGGAUUCUAUGCUCGGAAAUCUGCAAGCCGACAUGAGCCGCCAGGGAGUCAAUACGACCCAGAAGGGGUGCUGCAAUGCAUGCGACAAACCGAUCGUCGGACAGGUCAUUACGGCGCUAGGAAAAACUUGGCACCCGGAGCAUUUUACCUGCAACCACUGCAGCCAAGAGUUGGGCACGAGGAAUUUCUUCGAGCGUGAUGGAAAUCCGUACUGCGAACCGGAUUAUCACAAUUUGUUCAGCCCACGUUGUGCCUAUUGCAAUGGACCGAUUUUGGAUAAAUGCGUAACGGCUUUGGAGAAAACAUGGCACACCGAGCACUUCUUCUGCGCCCAGUGCGGUCAGCAGUUCGGCGAGGAUGGGUUCCACGAGCGUGAUGGCAAACCGUACUGCCGCAACGAUUACUUCGACAUGUUCGCACCCAAGUGCAACGGAUGCAACCGGGCCAUCAUGGAGAACUACAUUUCCGCGCUGAACAGCCAGUGGCAUCCGGACUGCUUCGUGUGCAGGGACUGCCGUCAGCCGUUCUUCGGAGGUUCUUUCUUCGAUCACGAGGGUCUGCCGUACUGCGAGACGCACUACCACGCGAAGCGGGGUUCACUGUGUGCCGGUUGCUCCAAGCCCAUAACCGGACGGUGCAUUACGGCCAUGUUCAAGAAAUUCCACCCGGAACAUUUUGUGUGCGCCUUCUGUCUGAAGCAGCUAAACAAGGGCACCUUCAAGGAGCAGAACGACAAGCCCUACUGCCAUCAGUGUUUCGAUAAGCUGUUCGGAUAGAAUACCGGCGGAGCGCCGGGGACGAUUCUGUGGAGUUGAGAAGGUUUUCUACGUGUUUUUGUUCUUCCUCGUCUAUCGGUCUUUCCGAUAUGUGCGAAUCUUUUACUCAAAUGACUGCUUGUUUCGUUUCGGCUUAAUUUAGCUUAUAUGUGUAUUCUACGUAUGAAUUCUGAUUGAAAUGUUUACUUAACACUAACGAUAAACAGUUAUAAGGGAAGCGUGAAGGAAAACGCUUUUCCAGUAAUAUAAAUAUUUUGUUGUUUUUUUGUGUGUCUUAAAUUGAGCAUACACACACAUAAGUUUGCGUAACAAAGUUAUAGUUUCGCAUUCAGUAUAAUGCAAAAGUCGAGACGUGUUUGAAAAGCGUAACUGAAGCAACAUGCAAUGUAACAAGUAUUUAACAAAAUUUAUAGUAUAAACGAUUUACGACUAGCGGAAGUUAUCCGGUGACAUGGUCACACUAAUCGCGCAGCAGAUGUUUGAGUCAAUCUGUAUUACAUUUUCCAACAAAAUAAUCAUGCAACGGUAUCAAUAAAAGUUCAUGGGGAUUCUCGAAAAUAGUAAUGAAAACAAUUUUCGAACACAAGAAGCCUGACUUAGUAAAAUAAUACGACGAAUUAUGUUCAAAGCUAUAAACAAACAGUUCAAAAUUAGCGGAUUCCUAUCCCAUACCUGCAAAAACGGAAGCGCUUUCCGAUCCAAGGCCAUUUAACAGUAAUAAAAUCACAUGCGGCUAAUGUUUAUCAAACACUAUUGAACAACUAUUCUGCAAGCUCGCUUCUGCGAGGCUUGAAUUAUACAGGCACAAGGUAGGAUGGUGUUCAGAUGAUAAAAUAGUUGGUUAAAGUGAAAUUUGAAACCCAUAAUAAAUCGAAUAGAUAAUUAUUCCCUAACAUUUAAUAAAAGCCGUUAAUACAAAUAGUUCCACAGGAA